AAAAUGGCUGCGUUCAUGAGAGGCGUGAAAUGCCUUGUUUCCACAGAGCGAAAUGUUCUUCUAAUUAAGAGGAGCGGCAUUUUUAUUGAAUCUAAACGGUAUGUGCGCGGACUGAAAAGGAAACCCGUCAAUGUGUUGUUUCCUGAAAACGAGCCGGGAAAAGUAGUGAAGCCUCCGUCAGAGACUCGUGUUAAGAAGCCAGCAGAGAAACAAAAUGCGACAAGAAUCACCUCUAAAACUACAGAGUAUUUUGAGAAAGAUGACUCUGUUAAGACGAGCAGCCCUGAUCAGUCGACUGUAAGGCGUCCCCAGGUUUCUGCAGCAAAGAGCCAACUUGAUGGACUGCACAUCGAGAGUGCCUUUCCUGGAGAUAAAAGACUAUCGAGAUUAGUAAGUGUUGCUCGGUCUAGAACAUUUCGGGAGCGCCAGGGCAAAAUCCUCCUGGAGGGCCGACGUUUGAUCUGCGACGCUCUGGAGGCUGGUGCCAGCCCACAGACGGUGUUCUUCAGUACCCUGGAUCGGCUUCAAGAGCUGCCUCUAGACAAGCUGAGGAGAGCCACACUGAUCAAAGUCAAGUUUGAUAGCAUCAAGACCUGGUCUGAACUUGUUGCUCCACAAGGAGUCAUUGCCAUAUUUUCUCGUCCGGACCCGACCCACAUUAACUAUCCCCAAAGAGAUGAGUCAGUGCCAUUGUGUCUGAUAUGUGACAACAUCCGGGACCCUGGUAAUCUUGGAACAAUGCUCCGAUCUGCUGCUGCUGCCGGCUGCAGUAAAGUCCUCCUCACCAAAGGUUGUGUUGACGCUUGGGAGCCUAAAGUUCUUCGUGCAGCCAUGGGGGCCCAUUUCCGUUUUCCCAUCUAUCCCCAUCUGGACUGGGAUGACGUUGAAGAUCAUCUACCCAAAUCAGUGAUCGUCCACGUGGCUGACAGUGGCCCCAUCAUAAGAACAGACACUGAGGAAAAUGUGUCUUGCAAAGCAGGAGACUACAAUUGGGUCAGCUCAAGGCCAAAUAAGAAAAAGGUUCAGUACGAGGAUUACGAUACUGACUCUGACUCUGACUCUGAUUCUGAUUCAGAGUCUGAAGAUGAGGACCUUUCCCUCCCCAGUGUGGAAACCAAGCUGUACCAUGAGAGCUGGGCUCAGGGCUCCACGGCUCUUGUCAUUGGUGGUGAGACACACGGUCUGAGCCACAAAGCGGUCCAGUUAGCGGAGAAAACAGAUGGUCGUAGGCUCUUUAUUCCUGUCGUUCACAGUGUGGACAGUUUGAACUCUGCUAUGGCGGCCAGUAUCCUUGUAUUUGAGGGCAGGAGGCAGCUGUUGCAGCUUCUGCAGACAUCCGGGAAGAAACCGCGAUCCAAAGCUGAGAGGCUGCUUUCAUGAUGUU